CUUAGUACUCUUAUGAAUCUACUUUGACCUGGAACUGACCAUAACAUCACACGGCAUAAACAAGUACUUUCCAUUCCCUCCCUCUGCUCCCUGCUCGUACAAUAUGCGUCGUGGCGUCGGGAUCUCUGGCCUCUCCAGGCAAUCAGCCUCUACCGCACAAUACGCCAGCCUGUCGAAUACCAUCUCUACCCAACAGAUCACCGACCUUAAAGCUCAACUAGAAUCCUUCCGAACGGCCUUGAUCACCUUUUCCAAGGCCCAUAAUGCGGAUAUCAAGAAGGAUCCGGCGUUGAGGCAUCAGUUUCAGAAGAUGUGUGCUGCCAUCGGGGUGGACCCGUUGGUCGGUGGUGGAGCGAGAGGUCAGGGAAAGACUGGACUGUCGUUAUCCUGGGGUGACAUGUUGGGGAUGAGCGAUUGGACGUACGAGCUCGCCGUUCAGGUCGUAGACGUUUGCGUAUCCAAUCGGGACAGGAACGGAGGGAUGAUGGAGAUGAACGACCUCCUCAAAAAGCUACAUCGGCUGCGGGACGAGCCCGAAGGAACCCUUUCCCCAGAGGAUAUCGGGAGGGCGAUCAAGAUCUUGAAACCCCUAGGUGCGGGGUACGAGAUCGUCCAGGUCUCUCAUCAAUCUUACGUCCGAUCCGUAGCGUCGGAGUUGGAUACGGAUCAAGCCACUUUAUUGGGUUGCGCUGGCGAACGAGCUGGCCGGCUCAGAGAGCGUGAGAUGAUGGCGCUACUCGGAUGGAAUGAUAUCAGGACGAGGAGCGCGUUUGAUGCGAUGGUCAAGCGGGACGGAUUAGCAUGGGUCGAUGAGCAGGCAGAGGGCGGGAUGGAGAUCUGGAGGCUUCGUGAGAGGGACCACGAUGGCUUUCCUGUGGCAUCGCUUGCGAUGUCGAGUGCGACCGCGUGCGACGGAGCCGUCUGCUCUGCCGGUUUCGACGAGGAUUAUUCCCAACCCCAAGCACAAUACACCUAG